AUGGGUGAGAGUUUUAAUCCUUCGGAUUUCCCUGCUCUUGUUAAGGCUCCUGUGGUAUUUCCUUCCUCUACUCCCAGAAACUGGAACAAAGUUUUCGCUCCAGAACCCUCUGCUUCCAAAGUUCUUUGCCUUUCUCACUUCCCGCAGGAACCAGAAAUUGUUCCUUUUUCUGAAGAGAAGCUGACUAAAGGUGGAGAAGAUUGGAACUUAUGUCUUGUUGGAUACUCUAUUGGUAGACGUCCGUUCUAUGAAGCGUUAUUAGGUGCCAUAAAGAAAACUUGGAGUCUUAAAGGUUCUGUCCAGCUCUUAUCGUUAAGCGAUGGUUUCUUUCUCCUUCGUUUUUCGUGCUCGGAAGACUACGAGAUGGUCUGGUCUCGGGGAGUUUGGUUUUUGCUGGGAAGGCCUUUUGUUCUUCAAAAGUGGCACCCUAAGUUCAAGCCGCAGCGGGAAAACUUCACGUCCGUCCCGAUAUGGGUAAAAAUACAUGAUUUACCCCUUGCAUGUUGGAAUUCUGAGGGGAUCUCUAGAAUUGCUAGCAAGAUUGGUAUCCCUCUUGCUGCGAACAAUCUUACGGAGCAGAAAACGCGUCUCACCUUCGCGAGGGUAUGUGUUCUGGUGGAUAACAACGCUGCCUACCCGGAAGAAAUUAAAGUAUCACUGGAUGGAGACCUCGUAAGCUUGAAGGUGCAAUAUGAAUGGCGUCCUUUCCCUUGUGACCACUGUAAGUCUUUAAUGCAUUACUCUUCUGCAUGUCCGUCCAAACCAGAGGUAGAUGCCGAAAAACCGGAUAAUUUUACUAAAACUCAUCGUGGUAGGAAUUUUAGUAGGAAAGGCAGAAACAGGAACUCCUCUAAUGCUAGAGAUUUCUCAAAACCUCCAUCGGAAAUUCCUAAACCAAAAGUCCAGUUUUCUCAAAAUCCUCCGGAACAACAAUUUCAUGUUCCAAAUGUCACUACUACAACUACAAACAUUAUUGGGCUUCCUCUCCAUUAUCAGCCUCAUUCCCCAACCCCUCAAUCCCAAGCUACUAACAGUCCUAUGGUUCAGGACACCUCUAUCCCUCAUAACUCCAUGACUGUUGAAGCCCCAAUGGUUUCAGCUAUCCCAAAUUUAAAUUCACCCAACGACGAGGAGGUAGUCUCUGCCUCAUCCAGCUCGUUACACAUCCUUGGUGCGGUUUUGAAUCAGGAUGUGUCGGUCAUGUCUCCGAACAAGUUUGAUGUUCUAAUAGAUGAGGAUGUCAGAAACAUAUUGGAAGAGCCUGAAUCCGGAAAAAUUGGUCAGGAAGUUAAUUCCAAAAAACAAAAACAGAAAGAAAAAUUUAAAGAAACUGUGGCUUCUAAAAAAUCUGCUAAGGGGAAGCAGGUUAAAAAACCCCAUUCUUCCAAUUAA